AUGGAGAAUUAUGAAUGGCCUCCUACAACUCAUAAUGCGUCGCCCCAGAGUCAAACAUCGGUGGUACCAGGUGUCAACGAGGAGGAGCUGAGCAACACGACUGCUCCCAUUCGCGGUCCUAGUCGUGUGACCACGGCGGAGGAUUUUCAUUUGGAUGAUGGCGUCCAGAGUGGUCUCGGUAGCCUUCGCAUGUACUUGUCGCCAUUCUAUAUACCUUCCAUAUCCCCGCAUUUGGCCGAUCUGGAAACUCUCAGUUCUGGAAAUGAACAAGAAAUACUUUCAGAGACCACAUCUAGUCCUUUUCCACUAAUGGACAACGCCUCGAUGCCAUUGGUGCAGGGUUCUGUCGAUGAAUCGCUUCCAUCUACCUGGCCAAGCGCUCCUGAAUCGCUUUCGUUGCUACUAGCUCGCCAUAACGAAAUCAUGAACACAAUGGUGAACGAACAAGCACCGUCAGAAUCCGGCGAAAUACUCAAUCCAUCAAUUAUUCCAUUUAUGCCUUCUCUCGGUGAUGAUUAUCUUGGGUCGUUCCCACUGAAUAUCGAUCAAACUCAAAGUCAUGAAUACAUGUGUCGUCAUCCCAUCUGUAACGGGCGAGUUUUCACCCGUCGUGGAGAUCUCUACCGCCAUGAACGCAUUCAUCAGAUGCAACGCCCGUAUCCCUGUAAUUGGAUUGGCUGCAACCGUACCGGACAGAAUGGGUUCACUCGUCGCGACAAGCUUGCGGAGCACGAGCGGAAUGUGCAUGGGAUAGAUCGUCGAGCGAUAAAUGGCGUGUGGUUUUGA